AUGGAAUUCUCGUGGUCUAUCCGAAGCAUAAUAUCGUGGAUGUUGGCAUUCGGUGCCACCUUCACAUUUGCUGCCAAUCCUGAACUCACAAGAAUACCAGAAUGGGGCUACAAUCCCACAAACCUCACUCUCGACGUUUACAUUCCUACGCCAUUGCCUGCUAGUCCCCCGGUUAUCCUCGCACUACAUGCAUGCAGCUUCGAUGGGCCCUUUUACAACCAAGAAAACAAUUAUACAGCCUAUUCCGAUGACAGAGGAUUCAUCGCCCUCUUCCCAAGUAGCCCAAAUCACGACAAGUGCUGGGACGUCUCCAGCAAGGAGUCACUUACACAUGACGGCAAUGGCGACAGUACUGGGCUCGCUCACAUGAUCAAAUGGGUCAUCUCAGAAUACAACGCUGAUCCCGCUCGCAUCUUCAUCACAGGCUCAUCGUCUGGGUUUAUGGUGACCAACUUCCUGUGCGGCACAUAUCCGGACGUAUUCGCAGCCGCAUCAUGCUACUCUGGGGUGCCAGCUAGAUGCUUAGCAGGCUCAAGCUCAAGCCCGGGCAGCGGGGAUCCCAGUUGCGGCAUCGGGAAUCUCACAAAGACCGGCGAGGAGUGGGCAGAGCAAGUAUACGUCAUGUACGAAGGCUACGAGGGUCCUUAUCCCAAUAUGAUGAUAUGGCACGGUACCGCGGACGAGAUGAUCUCGUACAAUAAUCUCGCCGAGAGGUUAAAGCAGUGGUCUACCAUUCUAGAUGUCUCAUGGACGAAGAACAUCUCGGACACUCCUUUCUUAAAUUAUACGGAGAUGGUGUACGGUCAUGGCUCAAAGCUGCUGGGAUGGUCAGCUGUCGGAGUUGGGCAUACUGUACCUUGUGAUGUUGCGAGAGACCUGGAUUGGUUUGACAUUUAA